UGCUUUAUUCGGUGCAGUGCAUUAUAUUUAUACAAAAAUAACUAUACAUUUAUUUUAACAGAACGGUAAGACUGUAUAGAACACUGAACACCAUGAUGAAAGACUUAGAAUUUUUCGCCUCCCGUCAUUUCCAUUUCGAUGACACUCGUUUACAAGAGCUGAUUGCAUCGCAGAGCGAUAUGGACAAAAGAUUGUUCAACAUGGAAAUAUCCAAUAUUGUAUGGAAAGAUUAUUUUCUAAAAAGUAUUAAAGGAUUCAAACGUCAUAUUCUCAAAGAAAACGAAUAUAGCCCGGAAGCUAAACAGAGAUAUAACAAGUAAUUAUAUCUGUCUCCGUAGUUUAUAUUUCACGUAAAAAGUAAAUUUAUUAAAAAUAGGUUUUUAAAUAUUUUUUUUCAGAAUCUGGAUUGCUUAUUACACUUUAAAAACAUUUUAUUAUGGUUUUCUGAUAUAUUUGAUAAUUUUAAUAUUAAAAUAUAUUUUUUAUUGAUUUAAUUUUAUGUUUUAAAAAGAGUUAUUAAACAAUAAAGGUUUUUUUUUAUGAAAAUAAAAAUUGUUUUUACAAGAAGUUUCGAUUAGUUUUUAUUAUCGCAUAGGUGAAUGUAUUGUUAUUAUUAUUAUAUUAAAAAAAAAAAAAAUUAUUUUUCUUUUGUGUAUUAUAUGCUAUUAUAAAUGACAAUAUAUGACGAUAAUAAUUGAUAAUAAAUGGUAAAUAAUUAAAUGGGC